AUGACUAUCAAUUCUGAGGGUAAAAAAUCGAAUGUUUCUAGUGGUGACUACCCACCUCCGGUCGUUCACCCAUUGGCAGAGCCAAGGGUCUCGUUAAAACCUGAGCCGUUCUAUGAUAAUUAUCAAUCAGGCGUACCUAUCGCCAUUGAUAUAGGCUCCUCGAAUAUCAGAGCAGGCUUAACAAAUACAGAUACUCCUUUUUUAAACAUGCCGACUAUAAUUUCACGGUUUAGAGAUAGAAAACUUAACAGGAUGCUCACAUAUGUUGGUAAUGAUUGUUUUCUUGAUCCGUUAUUCAAAUCUUCAAUUAAAAGCCCAUUUGAUGGCCCACUUAUAAACAAUUGGGAUGUGACUGAAUGGCUCCUUGAUUACUCUUUUUAUCAUUUGAAUGUUUCCUCUCAAGAUGGAGUGGAUAAUCCAAUCAUUAUCAAUGAAUUCAUGGCAACUCCCGCAUCUCAAAGGAAAAACAUGUACCAAUUAUUGUUUGAAGGUUACAAUGUUCCCAGUGUCGUUUUUGGGUUAUCUGAUUUAUUUUCUUUCCACUACAAUAACCGGAAUAACACCAAUAAGUCGAGUUUAAUCUUAGGGUGUGGUAACCAAAGUACAAAUAUCAUUCCAGUAAUUGAUUCGAAACCUCUACUUCAUUUUGCCAAAAGAAUCAACUGGGGAGGUGAACAAGCAGUAGAAUAUUUAUCUAAAUCAAUAGGCUUGAAAUAUCCUUUUUUCCCUACAAAGAUUACCACACAUCAGUUUGAGACAAUGGUUCAGGAUUUCAGCUAUUUUAGUGACGAUUAUUUGGCAGAGUUGGAUGACUUAAUGAACCUAGAAUAUCUUCAUGACAAAGAUGUUGUACUUGAGGCUUCCUUCAAUGAAGUGGUGCAAGUGCAGAAAUCUGAAGAAGAAAUUGCUAGACAGCAAGAAAAGCGAAGAGAGCAGGGGAAAAGGUUACAAGAGCAAGCACAAAAGGCAAGACUAGAAAAACUUGUUGAAAAGGAAGCAGAUUUCAAGUAUUAUAGCGAAUUGAAGGAAAGGUUAUUGAAUCCAGAAAAUAAAAUCUCUAAGAAGCAGAUGAUACAAACUCUAAGUGAGGCUGGCUUUGAUGAUGUGGCUGAUUUCAACAAAUACUUAAGCAAUUUGGAAAGAUCUUUGAAAAGAGCUAGACAUCAAGAUAUUGGAGAAAAUGAAGUUGAAGAAGAACCAAAUUUCUAUUUAUUGGACAUGAAAGAUGAGGAUUUAAGUGAAGAACAAUUGAAAGAAAAGAAAUCGCAAAAGUUGCAGAAGGCCAAUUAUGAAGCGCGUAAGAAGGCCAAAGAAGAAAAAUUGAUAGAAAAGAAGAGAAAAGAAGAAGAGGAAGCUCAAGAGCAAUCUUGGAGAGAAAAGGAUCUUGACGGCUGGAUUGAGGAUAAACGAGCUAAAUUGAAGGUAAUUGUUGACCGUAAAAAGCAGCGUGAAAAGUUAAAGGCGGAAUUGAAUGAUAGAAAAUCACACGCUGCUCAAAUCAGAAUGAAGAAUAUUGCUAAUUUGGCGGCCGAUGGCUCUGGAAAUGCAAGAAAUUCGUCCAGUACCGCUUUGAACACAAUGGGUAAUGGUGGUGCUGGUGGUAAUGGAGGUGCUAGAUCAAAGAGAAAUGUGAAGAAGGUUACCAUUGACAAUGAUCCAAAUGAUACUUUCGGGGCUAACGACGAUGAUUGGAUGAUUUACAAAGACAUAGCUAAUUUUGAAGAUGAGGAGCAAUUGGAGGUUGAAAAUAGUGAAUUGAAAGCUUUAGAAGAUUUGUUAUUGAAAUAUGAUCCUAGCUUCAAUCCUGAGGAUUUGUUUAAUUCAGAAUAUAAUUGGAAAAAGUCGACCCUUCAUAAAUUUUUAAGAGGCGCGUAUAGUUUUGAUCCUGAAGACCAGCAUCAACAACAUCAAAUCCAUUUGAAUGUGGAGAGAAUCAAAGUUCCUGAAAUCUUGAUCCAGCCAACAAUUGCAGGGUUAGAUCAAGCCGGAAUUGUGGAAAUCUCAGAGAAUUUGCUUCUUAAAAGACUACCGUCGUCCAAUUUUUACAAUUUUAAUGAUAAUAAUGUCACUCCAGAUAUCAUCAAAAACAUAUUUCUAACAGGUGGGGUUUCCAAGACUGCGAACUUCAAAAAUAGAAUUGUCAGAGAAUUUACUAGCUUUUUGCCAAGCGGGAAUAAUCUACAAGUAAAUGUGGCUGAAGAGCCGAUUAUAGAUGCAUGGAGAGGUAUGAAAUUAUGGUCACUCAGUGACUCGUACAAGAAUUCAUUCAUUACCAGGAAGGAAUACGAUGAGAUGGGUCCUGAAUAUAUUAAAGAACACAACUUGGGCAAUGUGAGACUUUAA